UAGAAAGCAGCAAAGUCCAUCAACGCGACCGACACUCAAAUCAUUCGUUGAAUUGGACCUCGUCGUCAAGCUCCAUCUCUGUCUCACUCUGAACCAUGUUAACUCAAGCAUGGCCUUUCAUGGCGGCGACGAUGAUGUUCUUUCUGCACAUGUGUUUACCAGUGGAGUCCGUCGCCGAAGCUGAUCGAAUCCUGCGGCUGCCAGGCCAACCACGAGUCAGUUUCCGGCAAUUCUCAGGCUACAUCACUGUCGACGACAAACAAGACCGAGCUCUCUUCUACUACUUCGUUGAAGCCAAAACCAACCCCGCUUCAAAGCCUCUUGUUCUUUGGUUAACUGGAGGGCCUGGUUGUUCCUCCGUUGGAGCCGGAGCUUUCUGCGAGCAUGGACCUUUUAAGCCAGCCGGAGACAUUCUGGUCAAACAUGACUACAGUUGGAAUAAGGCGGCGAACAUGCUGUACCUGGAGUCGCCGGCCGGAGUUGGGUUCUCUUAUUCGGCCAACAAAUCCUUCUACUCAUCAGUGAACGAUGCCAUCACGGCACGCGACAGCCUCGUCUUUCUCGAGCACUGGUUCAGCCAAUUCCCAGAGUACAAGAACAGAGAGUUCUUUAUAACAGGGGAGAGUUAUGGGGGACACUACGUGCCACAGCUGGCGGAGCUCAUAAUCCGAUCCAAAGCACCUUUCAAUCUGAAGGGCAUAGCAAUAGGGAACCCGCUGUUGGAAUUCAACACAGAUUUGAACUCGAGGGCGGAGUACUUGUGGUCGCACGGACUGAUAUCGGAUGCGACGUACGAGCUGUGCAACAGCGUCUGCAACUUCUCGCAGAUUACAAUACAGCAGCAGGCUGGGGGGGCUCUCAGCCCGCCCUGCUCUCGAGUGUGGACCGAAGCUUCAAGAGAGAUCAGCACAUUCGUCAACACCCACGAUGUUAUAUUGGAUGUCUGCUUGUCAUCCAACGAUUCCCAAUCUCAGCUUCUUCAUCCACUGGGGGAUGCUACAAAGAUAGAUGUAUGUGUGAUAGAUGAAACUAUUUCCUACUUGAAUCGAAAAGAUGUACAAAAGGCCUUCCAUGCCCGACUUGUUGGAGUCGAGCAAUGGACCAUGUGCAGCAAGGUGCAGAGGUAUGAGGUGCAAAGCCUAGAGAUACCCACAAUUGGAUUACUGGGUUCCCUCGUGAAGUCUGGAAUUAGAGUCUUGGUUUACAGUGGGGAUCAAGACUCAUUGAUCCCAUUAACAGGGACUCGCAAGCUGGUGAAUGGUUUGGCCAAGGAGUUGGGCUUAGACACUAGUGUUCCCUACAGAGCCUGGUUUGAAGGCAGACAGCUGCAGGUUGCUGGAUGGACACAGGUUUAUGGGGAUAUACUGACGUUUGCGACGGUGAGAGGAGGGGCUCAUGAAGCGCCAUUUUCGCAGCCAGAGAGGUCGCUUGCUCUCUUCUAUGCUUUCUUGGCUGCAAAGCCACUCCCUGUGGCUGUGCCAUCCACUACCACUAAGCCUAUUCACUAGAAAAAUCUAUGGAUGCAUCUUAUAACUUGAUCUCUUCCUUUUGUUCAAUUAUUAGCAAGAGCUCUAAGACUUGCUCUCUCCGUAUUGUCUUGAAGCACAAUAAGCAAAUACACAAGAUAUAUACAGGACAGAGAGUUGCUUAGUUUUAACAAUAAUGAGUGUAUCGAUAAGAAUUUCUAGUAGAGUUUCUAAUAUGAAACAAAACCAAAUCUCA